CAUAAUUCACUCUGGCUAUCUACUCCGGGUUCAGAGCACGCUCGUCUGAGGUUGCGUUCGUAAAUUGCCUCCAGUGUGUCAGUGUGUUCUCGGUCGUUCGUAAAUUUAGAGCAUUGUCAGAUUGUUUGUAAAUUCAGUGCGUUUCGCUCUCGGAGCGUUCAGACGCUCUGACAGAUGAGAAUGGCUGAACACCCUAACGUUAGCUACAUACGGAGAAGGGUUUUCGAGAGCUAGAUGGAUCAAGUUGAGGACUGAAGUUUUGGAUGCUCUGACAUUGCUGGAUCCUUUAUUAUAGUCUUCAUGAUGAGAUCAGUCUGCUCUCCUAGACAUUGACUCGAGCUUCCCCAGGCCCGAUGUGCCCAUGAAGCCCUUGUUUCAGUGCAGGCUUCAGAAGCUGAGGCUAUAAAGGGACAAGAGGACUAAUCUGCAGCCUUAGUCCUGGUCCUGGACUUCUCUUUAGUCCUUUAUCAGUCCUCCGUGUUCCCUGCCAUAUCCCCUCACCACUCCACAGCCCCGGCCUCACUUGUGGCCAACAUGGGCUGGUUCCUCCUCCCAUUUGAUAACCUGCUGUGUAUGGUCCUUGGCAUAUCCUUCACUGUGGGAUUCAGCUCGCUGCUAGUCAUAGUCGUGCCGGCCGUCCUUGGAGUGUCCAUUGGGAUCCGCAGACUGUACAUGAAGAGCCUUCUCAAGGUCUUUGAGUGGGCUACUGUGCGGAUGGAGAGAGGUGCAAAGGAGAAGAAUCAACAUCUUUAUAAACCCUAUAGUAAUGGUAUCAUAGCUAAAGAGCUGUCCUCUCUGGAGCAGGAGAUCCAGGAGCUCCGUGCCAGCGGCACCACUCUGAGCUCUGAGCCUGAGUUUGAGAUGGCGGACAUCAUGUAUUUCUGCCGGCGGGGGGUGGAGAGCAUCGUGGAUGACGAGGUGACCAAGCGCUUUUCUGCUCAGGAGCUGGAGUCCUGGAACCUGCUGACCCGCAGCAACUUCAACGCUCGCCACAUCAGCCUGCGACUCAGCGUGCUCUGGGGACUGGGUCUCUUCAUCCGCUAUGGCUUCCUGCUGCCACUCAGGGUUACUCUGGCAGCCUCUGGUAUUGGUCUGCUUGUGGUCUUGACUACCAUAGUGGGCUUCAUACCAAGCGGCUGGUUAAGGACGUACCUCAGUGAGAAGAUUCAUCUGAUGUCUUAUCGCAUCUGUGUCCGAUCCCUCACUGCCAUCAUCACCUACCACAACAGUGAGAACAAACCAAAGAAUGGAGGCAUCUGUGUGGCGAAUCACACAACUCCCAUUGACGUCAUCAUCCUGGCCAAUGAUGGCUGCUAUUCUAUGGUUGGCCAGAUUCAUGGUGGUUUGAUCGGGGUAGUCCAGAGAGCCAUGGUGAAAUCCAGCCCCCACAUCUGGUUUGAGAGAUCUGAAGUCAAAGACCGCCACCUUGUGGCCGAAAGGCUUAGCAAUCAUGUAGCAGACAAAACUAAACACCCCAUCCUCAUCUUCCCAGAGGGCACCUGUAUCAACAAUACCUCAGUGAUGAUGUUCAAAAAGGGCAGCUUUGAGAUAGGCUGUACUUUCUACCCUGUGGCCAUUAAGUAUGACCCUAGGUUUGGCGAUGCGUUCUGGAACAGCAGUAAGUUUGGGAUGGUCAACUACCUGCUGAGGAUGAUGAGCAGUUGGGCCAUCGUCUGCAGUGUCUGGUACCUUCCACCUAUGAGCAGAGAGGAGGGAGAGGAUGCGGUGCAGUUUGCCAACAGAGUAAAAGCAGCCAUCGCCACGCAGGGAGGACUGGUGGACCUGCUCUGGGAUGGAGGGCUGAAACGAGGGAAGGUGAAAAAUACAUUCAAAGAGGAGCAGCAGAAGCUGUACAGCAAGGUGCUGGUUGGAGACCAGGAGGACCAAGGUGAAGACAGACCACAGGAAGAUGAAGAAGAGGGGGACCAAAAUGAAGACAGACCACUUGAAGAUUACACACCCAGACCACUGGAAGACUGCUCUCUGAGACUACAAGAAGAAGAGGAGGAGAGAGGCUCAGAGACACCAAUGAAGGAUCAAUGAGGGUGGGGGUUCCAUUCCUACCAGGUUAUUAAGUGUCAGCGGAGCCCCACUCACUGUCUUGGUGAGGCACUAGACCAGAGGAUUUAUUGGAUUGGAAGCCUUAAAGUAAUUUCAAUAACAAUUAACUACUCAGAGAACAUUUCAAUAACAAUGAACUGCUCAGAGAACAUUUCAAUAACAAUGAACUACUCAGAGAACAUUUCAAUAACAAUGAACUACUCAGAGAACAUUUCAAUAACAAUGAACUACUCAGAGACCAUGUAGUGCAACUGAAACACUAUCAUUUUCUACAGGCUGUAAGUCACAUACUUUUGAGUUUGUGCUGCACUAUGCACAGUCAUUUUAUGAAUGUUAACUGUUUUAAUACUGUAUUUAAAUAUUUAUUUUAAAUAUUUUCUUUAUUUAUGCUAUUUUGACCAGUAUAUUUGGGUAGUGCAAUUAGGUCCCCCAAAACUUGAUGAAAACAAUGUAUCAUAAAGAGCACAUGUUCACUUAAUAACAUAAUUUCAGCCUGUUUUGGCCUUCCAUGGUGACAUCGCCAUACAGUAAAUUAAUAGACCAAUAAGAAAGAGGGUGCCAAACCUCCUGCCAAUAACAACACAUUUUUCACUUUUCCCCUCCCCACUCAGACUACUCCCAGACAAUCCUAGCAAAAUUCUUGCUUGAGAAAUUGCCCUUUGCUAAGAAGCUAUUCUUGUUAGUUUUCAAUUAAAAUUGUAAAAAAUAAUCACAGUAAGGUUCUUGUUACCCAUAAAUAAUUUGAUAUUGAGAUAAAAAUGCAUUGGAACUUUUAAAGUAACAGGGUUGACUUAACAGGGUUGAAGUUUUCAUCUUAAAUCAGCCAUAACUUGUGUGCAAAAGGGAUGGGCAAUUGAAUGCAAGCUUCAUCCCAAUUAUUAUAAUUUUUAAAAACAUUUCUACCCUAUCUAUAUAUGGGACACAUUCAGUUUUCCACCACACAACACCAGAAAAUGACCAAAAAGCUUUUACAUUAUGAUUUGACAUAUUUUAUAAAAGGAAUAGUUUAAAUUAGAGUUCCGUUAAUUUAACAGGGUGGCCCCUAAAAUGAGGGACAAAUGUAAGUUAUUCACUUAUCGCGUGAUGUAAAUAGUAAUCUUCAGAAAUGACUUUGUCAAAGAAAUAAAAUAACUAGGGCUUUACAAUGAUGGAGAAAUGUUUGCGUUAAGUGGGUUAAAAUCCUACUAGAAGUCUGGAAAACACAAGGGACAUGUCAAAAUGCAGAUUUUUGACACUUUAACAGAUUUUUUUAUGUGACUAAAGACUUGCUAAUGUUACAUGGCACUUUAAUAUAACAGGCUUUUCAAUAUUGGUGCACAAUUACAAUUUCAAAUGGGUUACAAAGGUUACAAAGCCACAGCAGACCAAAUAUAUGCAGAUAAUAGGUCAAUAUGUGUCACAGUCCGAGACAAUAGAGAACAUGACACGGAAGACUGUUACCUUGUUAUCAAAAUAAACUUUGUUGUACAAUUAAUGGUAAAAUGUAUUUCUAAAAGUUAACAAUAUUGUCAUGAAUUCAGUGUGUGUGAAAUUAGGCAAAAAUAUUAGCCCCACUAAUAAUUGUAUCAAAAUACACUGAACAAAAAUAUAAAUGCAACAUUUAAAGUGUUGAUCCUAUGUUUCAUGAGCUGAAAUAAAAGAUCACAGAAAAUUA